ACACAGGCACACAACAUGGGGAAAGGUUUCUUUCUAAGUAAACCUCUUGGGGUAGGGUGUAUGAUCCUCGGGACAGGAGCAGUGGCCACCAUCAUAGCUCUGUCUGUUGUCUACUCACAAGAAAAGGCAAAGAAUGAUAAUCAGGUCUUGCCAACGGAUGGAGGAACAACAACUAAACCCCCUGCCACGACUGCUGCCCCGUCCAAUGAGCCUUGGGACAAGUAUCGGCUGCCCAAGAGCCUGUUGCCGCAGCAGUACAACGUCACCCUGUGGCCACGGCUGCGGCCUGACCCCACUGGACUCUACAUCUUCACUGGUGAGACCACAGUGGAGUUCAAAUGCGUUGAGGACACAGACCUGAUUCUUAUCCACUCCAAUAAGCUGAACUACACCGACUCAGCGAGCCUCACCUCAGUCGACAGCGGGGUCAAAGCCCCCUCCAUCAAGUCUUCCUUCCUCCAGAGUGAGACUCAGUACCUGGUCCUUCAGCUCGAUGGUAAACUGGUUAAGGACCACAUGUACCAACUCUACACUAAAUUUACCGGAGAGCUGGCUGACGACCUGGGGGGCUUCUACAGGAGCGAGUACUACGAGGACGGAGUGAAAAAGGUUGUUGCCACAACUCAGAUGCAGCCCACAGACGCCAGGAAGGCUUUCCCCUGUUUUGACGAGCCAGCCAUGAAAGCUGUGUUCCACAUCACGCUGAUCCACGACAUCGGAACAGUCGCCUUGUCUAAUGGCGAGCAAAAAGAAACAAGCAGUGUCCUUAUUGAGAGUCAAAAUGUGCAGAAGACAGCUUUCGGUCCAACUGAGAAAAUGUCCACGUACCUGCUGGCCUUCAUUGUCAGUGACUUUGCUCAGAUCAAUAACACCAUGGAUGAUGUGCUGAUCCGCAUCUUUGCCAGAAAGCCUGCUAUUGAUGCUGGGCAAGGACAGUACGCCCUCAACAAGACUGGACCCAUCCUUAAAUUCUUUGAGGGCUAUUACAGUUCCAAAUACCCUCUACCAAAGUCUGAUCAGAUAGCUCUACCAGACUUCAAUGCUGGAGCCAUGGAGAACUGGGGUCUGAUCACCUACAGAGAGACGGCUCUGCUCUACGACGAGUCUUUCUCCUCCAAUUCCAACAAGGAGAGGAUUGUUACCAUCAUCGCUCAUGAACUGGCCCACAUGUGGUUUGGUAAUCUGGUGACCCUGAGGUGGUGGAAUGACUUGUGGCUGAAUGAAGGGUUUGCAUCCUAUGUUGAAUACCUGGGAGCUGACAACGCUGAACCCGAUUGGAACAUAAAAGACCUCAUCGUGCUCAAUGACGUCCACAGGGUGUUUGCUGUUGAUGCCCUGGCCUCUUCUCACCCUCUGUCCUCUAAAGAAGAGGACAUUCAGAGACCAGCCCAGAUCAGUGAGCUGUUUGAUGCCAUCUCAUACAGCAAGGGAGCAUCUGUUCUGCGGAUGUUGUCGGAUUUCCUAACUGAAGGAGUCUUUACACAGGGACUCACGAGCUACCUGAAUACGUUUGCCUUUGGGAAUGCAGUCUACACAGACCUGUGGGAACAUCUGCAGAUGGCUGUUGAUAAUAAUACUGGCACCCAACUUCCUGACUCUGUCAAUAACAUCAUGAACACCUGGGUGCUGCAGAUGGGCUUCCCUGUGGUUACCAUAGAUACCCAGACUGGGGGCAUAUCCCAGAAGCACUUCCUCUUGGAUCCAGACUCUACGGUCACUGUUGAAUCUCCCUUCAUCUAUGAAUGGAUUGUUCCAAUCAAGUGGAUGAAGACUGGAGUCAUCCAUCCAACCAUCCAAUGGCUGAAGGCCAAAUCAGACACAGUAAAUGAAAUGAAAACAUCAGAGCCAUCAGAUUGGGUGCUGGCCAACCUCAAUGUGCUGGGCUACUACAGAGUCAACUAUGACCAAGGCAACUGGGACCGCCUCCUCAUUGCUCUGAGGGACAAUCACAUUAGUAUUCCAGGGAUCAACAGAGCUCAGUUGGUGGAUGAUGCCUUCAACCUGGCCAGAGCAAAGAUAAUCCCUACAGUACUGGCCCUCGAAACCACCAAGUACCUGACAGAGGAGAGGGACUAUGUGCCCUGGAAGUCGGCCCUGAACAACCUGGACUUCUUCUACCUCAUGUUUGACCGUAGCGAGGUUUAUGGGCCCAUGCAGAAUUACCUCAUGAAACAGAUCAUCCCUCUGUUUACUUACUAUAAGAACAUGACUGGCAACUGGAGCACAAUACCUGCUGGACACAUGGACCAGUAUAAUCAGGUGAAUGCUAUCAGCAUGGCCUGUAGAACAGGCUUAGAGGAAUGCUCAACUCUGACCAAGACAUGGUUCAAACAAUGGAUGGACACUAAUAAAAACCAGAUCCACCCCAACCUGCGGUCCACUGUGUACUGCAACGCCAUUGCAGCAGGUGGCGCUAAAGAGUGGGAGUUUGCCUGGUCAGAGUUUCAGAAAGCCACCAUCGCUAGUGAAGCUGAAAAACUGCGCUCAGCUCUGUCCUGCAGCAAGCAGCCCUGGCUGCUCAACAGAUACCUGGAGUACACUCUGAAUUCUACACUGAUCAGAAAGCAGGAUGCCACCUCCACCAUUGUCUACAUCGCCAGCAAUGUGGCGGGUCAGAGUCUGGCGUGGGACUUUGUCCGAGCUCGAUGGACAUACAUCUUCAAUGAGUAUGGAGGUGGAUCAUUCUCCUUCUCUAACCUGAUCAAUGGAGUCACCAAGCGUUUCUCUACUGAAUACGAGCUGCAACAGCUAAAGCAGUUCAAGGCAGAUAACUCUGAGGUGGGUUUCGGCUCUGGGACGCUGGCAUUGGAUCAGUCCAUUGAGAGAACCAUCAGCAACAUAAAAUGGAUCACAGAGAACAAGCAGAAUGUUUUGAAUUGGUUCAAGGCUGAAUUAAAGCUUUAUGAGGCCUCGUCCUAGCUCUUUACUUCAGUACUUCAUUAAAGUUAAACAUGCUCUUGGUCCAGCCAAAUAAAACUUGCAUGGAGGAGAAAGAGAUCUCACACAAUUUCAAUUUAAAGUAUUUUACUCUGACGAGUAAGUUUGGUUCAGAAUGAUAUGAUGAUCUUUAAA